AUGGUCAAAUUUUGGCAUCAGGAUAUUUACUCGACCCCCCAAGAUGCUGUCACAAGUCUUCGAUCUGGCCUUAGGCGUUCCAACCACGGGCUACUACUCAGCAUUUCUGGGUAUAAGGCGAAACUCCAUGUUCUCUUGGAGCACGUUCUCGACACUGUGGGUCAUAGAGAGUGUUUCAAGACGAGAUUUGACGUGAUCAAAGAGAACCUAACCCUAGAGUACCAAAAUGGCGAGCUGGACGAGCCCCAUGAGCAGGUUGGGUACCUUACGGGGUGCCUAAAUUCCGGGCCCCGGCACGCCGUUGAAACGCUUCGGGCGAGUGUGUGGAGCGUUAUCAUCGACGACGUUCGCCAUUUCCGGAAGAAGUUUCUGGCGCCAAUGCAUCUUGAGAUCUACGCACAUGGCGAUCUGCAGAUAUGUGAGGCUGAUCGCCUGGCAGACCUGGUUGCGGCGACUUUGAGGCCGCUGAAAUCACUCGAAACACAGCAGCCUGUCUCUCAAUCCCUGAUCAUACCUAAGGGAUCGGAAUUCCUUUAUGAGAAGACGCUGAAGGACCCGGACAAUGUCAGCCACUGUAUCGAAAUGUUCAUAUACGUUGGUGAUAACAGCAACCGAUCGAAGAGGGCCAAGGCGAUGCUCUUACCUCAGAUGGUACGAGGACCCGCGUUCGACCGGCUACGAACCAAGGAGCAGUUGGGAUAUGUGGUCGACAGCGACUUCCGAAGUUUCUUUUCUACCUGCGGUAUAAGCUUCAAGAUUCAGAGCCAGCAGAGAGCGGCCUACCUCGAGUCAAAAAUCGAAGAAUUCUUACGCUUCUUCUUUGAUGACCUGGAAGGCAUAUCCAAGACCGACUUCCACAAACACCAGCGAAGUUUGAUUCUUAGAUGCCUUCAAAAGCCUAGGAAUCUCGCACAAGAGAGCGAGUGGAUCUGGGGACAGAUCGAAAGCAAAUAUUAUGAUUCUGAAGGCCGUGAGUUUACUUCUUCACGUCACGCCUGA